CUCUGACCAACACACAGGGGACAUACCUACGGACCUCGAGCUCGAGCUAAGUCGACCAAGCAAAAGGCCGAUUCCUUGACAGACUACCUGACGAGGAAUCGAGACGGAAGCACGAAAGGACAAGUCGUCUUCAAGCCUGGCAAAGUAGCGCCCGGCCAUGACGUCACCGCCGCAUGUGUCGGGAGUGUGGACAGGGACAGCGAUGGCAAAGUCAGGCGAGGUUGAUCACGAGCUGACGUGGGUGCUGACCCUCGCCCCGCGGCCGCGCUUUCCAUCGGCCUUUGGCGCUGCGCUUGGGCCAGAUGACUCUGGUGCAGGCUCGAGCGAUGGAGCAGGUGAAGUCGAGGUGCUGAUGGGAUCGGUGGCUCGCCGGUUUGUGGAUGUGUCCUCGCCGACGCGUCGGUACGGAGCGACGUACUCGGUCGAUGGUGACGGUCUGGUGUGGCUCAAGGGCGUGUGGCGACCGGUGGAUGGAGAUGACGGCGGACCAUUUGCGGCGUGCUGCACACGAGGCGAAGGAGCAGAGACAGAGUUCCUGGCGGGGCUUUGGAUCGGCGAAGCUGUACCUCAUCCGGAGCUUGCGCCGUUCUUCAUCCCUACCAAUCCGGUCAUGUGGAGCAUGGCGGUGGACAAGAGAGCUGGCAGAGUGUUUGGCGCGGGCUUCUUUGAGGACUCGGGCGAUGUGCCGGGCUCGCCGGUCCUCACCUUUACGCUUGCCGGAAGAGUCGACGCCGCUAGCGGGGCGGUGACGGUUGUCAAGCACUACGACGCGUCGCACGAGGCGACGCAUGGGUACGACGUCGAGUACACCGGCGCCAUCGAGGCCGGGCCUGACGGGUUGAGUCGAUUUACCGGAAGCUGGCGCAACGUCAAGGGCGGGUCUUAUGGGGAGGCGACUGCGGUGUUGCAGCCGUCGACCUCGAUCGCCACCCACAUUUGCCUCUGCUCCAUCUGCUCAAAGCCGGUCUUUCCUGGCGAGACGCGCUGGAGUUGCGAGGCGUGCGAGGCGUCGAGCCCGUGGUACUGCUGCGGAGCGUGCCAUGUGUCGGACAUGGCCGAGGCGCACGAGCACUACUCCGAGCUCGCGCCGCGGACGACAUGCGAGCUCAAUACAGCGACCGGGGCGUCAUGCGGGCCGCUCAUUGCCGAUGCCUUUCGCCGCUUUGCCGACCGCCCGUUCAUCGGACAGGUGACGCCCGACGGCUCGGGUGUGACGAUCCAAAGCUACGCUGAGGUUGCGGCAGCGAGCUGGGCGUACGCAGCGUACUUUCGGGCCAUGCUCGAGCAGGAGAAGUUCGACGGAAAGGAGCCGCCGCGGAUUUUGCUGGCGUGUGAUGUGUCGCCUGCUUACGUCCCGCUGACCCUUGGCGUCGUGCUCAGUGGCGCAGUGCUAGUGCCUGUUCACGCCGCGCUGGCAGGCGAGACGCUGUCCGAGCUCGCGGCACUGAUCCAGCCGGCGGCGGUUGUGGUCGACGGACAAGUCGCGAGCAAGACCCAAGCCACCAUGUCAUGCCUUGUGUGGGAGAUGGGCGAACUGGCAAAAGCAGCCAAAGCAGAGUGGGAGGCCGGGUCUGAGUUUGAGCCGGUUGUCCGCGGCGAUGACGAGGUGACGGCGGUCCUGUUCACCUCGGGCUCGACAGGCACGCCCAAGGGCUCGAUGUUUACCGAGUCGUUGAUGCGGCCGUCGGCCGGGAACACGGUGGUCGUGCCGCUGGUGCGGUUCGACUUUCAGUCGUUCGAUCCCACGUUUGUGCUCUCGCUUCUCUCGACGAUGCGGCUUGGGCAGGUGCGGAUCUUUGCGUCGUCGAUGGCAAACAUGCGUCGGGACCUCGAGAUCGCGCGGCCGACCAACCUCGGAGCGGCACCGUCGUUUUGGGCUUCGCUCUACAACGAGUACCGUGCCAAAACGGUUGAGCUCAUGGCUGACGGGGUGCUGGGACGGGCCGAGGCCGCCGCCGCGGCUGGAGCAGCCGUCAAGGCCUCGCUGGGCAACCGGCUGAUGGUGGCGACGUCGGGCGGGGCGCCACUCUCUGAGCAGGUCGCCGAGUUUGCCAAGCAAGUCCUCGGCAUCGAUCUGGUCAAUCUGUACGGCUCGCGUGAGACUGGCGGCAUUGCCCGGGACGGGGUUGUCUAUCCUGGCAUCGAGGUCCAUCUGGAGCCGCUGGCAGAGGAGUUGUUGGGAGACGUUGCUGCCGGUAGUGUGUCUGUGGGAGAGAUCUACGUCCACUCGCCGCGGCUCAUUCCUGGCUACUGGGGCAACGCCGAAGCGACGGCCGAGCGGUUCGUCGACCUGCACGGCGACGGGCGACUGUUCUACAAAACCGGUGACAUCGGUGAGACCUUUGUCGACAGCGAGAGCGGGCGGAUCUCGGUGAGGAUUGUAGACCGGGUGGCCUCGUGCAUCAAGCUUGUUUCUGGCGAGUGGAUUGCGCCUGCGGCCAUCGAGUCGGCGCUGGAGGCUUCGCCGGCCAUCGAGAGCACGCUGGUGAUGGCCGAGCCGCGGCAACGGAGUCCGGUUGUGGUAGUUGUGCCGACGGAAGCGGGUCGCAAGCUCGACGCCAGCGAGAUGCUCACUGAAGUCCGGUUCUGGGCGCGGCAGGCCAAGCUGCGUCCUCUAGAGAUUCCGCAAGCGGUCUUUGUCGAGCCGGUGGCGUGGACGGUCCAGUGCGGCGGGCUGACGCCGACGGGCAAGAAGCGCCGGGCAGUGCUGGGCAAGCGAUACCGGGCGAUCCGCGACGAGCUGUACAGAUCUGGCAGUGCGAGCUCCUCCGCUGGGAGUAAUGACCAGGUGACUGUGCUCGCGGGCAUGCUGCGAGAGGCUGUCGAUCGGGCGCUACCGGGCGCGUUGCCGGAGAGCGGCGAGGUGGGCAACGAAGUGACGCUUGCAGAUCUUGGCGGCGACUCACUGGCGGCAGCGGUGAUUGUCAACACGGUGGCGGGGGCUGCCGGCGAGGGCGCGCUGAGCAUGGCCACGCUGUACGAGUACCCACUGGUGCAUGUGGCGGCGCAGCUGGAGGCCGGGGUAAGUGGGACGAGCAGCAAGGAUGCUGUGGCGUGGGAGCGAGCUGUCAAUGCGCAGAUGGCGGCGCUGGCGCCGGUGCUUAAGGCGGGGCCCGAGUCUAGGUGCGGGAACUGGGUGGUUGUCUCGGGCAGCACUGGCUUCCUCGGCCCGUACCUUGUGGCUGCACUGGCGGCGGCACAUCCGUCUGCGGACCGGGUGGUGUGUCUCGUGCGCGGCGAGGACGAUGCCGGAGCAACCGCACGAUUCCGCGCGGUGUACGCUGCUGCCAUAGGAGCGGAGCCCGAGCCACGGGUGGUUGUGCGGGCGGCAGAUCUCGAGGCCGAGAAGCUCGGGCUUUCGGCCGAUGUGUACGCGGAGAUUGUGGGCGGGGUGGGAUUGGUGGUGCACUCGGGCGCGCGGGUCAAUCUCUCGCUGCCGUAUGCCGGACUGGAGGCAGCCAACGUGAGCGGGACGCGGCGGAUGCUCGAGCUCGCGCUGCUCGGCGGAGCGGCGUUCCGGUUUGUGUCGACGGUGGGGGCGGUGACAGCGACGGCGACGGCGAGCGAGACGAACGACGAGGACUGGAACGCGUGGGCGCCACACUUGCUUGCGCGCAAGUCGGGAUACGGCCAGAGCAAGGCUGUUGCGGAGGAGGUUGUACGGCGGGCAGGAGCGGCGUGUGCGAGGCUCCAGGUGCGGGUCUUCCGGCCGACAGCGAUCUCAGGCGCGGCAGACGGGGCGUCGAACGCGGCCGACUUUACCUCCCUGCUCAUCAAGCUCAUAGCCGAGAUUGGCGGGGCGCCAGAAAAGGCAACCAUGCCGCUUCGUUGGGCGCCAGUCGAGUGGGUAGCACGCGCGGUGGCGGAAGACGAUAGGCAGGAGGUGGCCAACCUCUUUGGCGCCGGACCGACGCUCGGCAAGGUGGUGGCGGUGAUGCGGGCUGAAGGAAUCGAUGUCGACGAGCUCCCGCUCGAGGCGUGGAAGGAGCGGGCAGAAGCGUUGGUGAGCAAGCAGCAGCACCCGCUGUACCCACUCGCGGAUGUGGUGCGGCGGAUGGAUCCCCAGUCGGGCGGCUCGGUGUUGCCGCGCGGAGCGGCGCUCCCUGUGGUGAGUGACGCUUAUGUUGCGGCGUGCGUGCGUGGGAUUCUGGGGCUCGGGACGGCAGUGGCAGAGCAGAGAGCGUGACCUUAACGGUACAGCCGCCCGGGCGCGUUGUAGCGUGCCUCAAAGUGGGCAACACAGUACAUGAGCAAAUGAUGUCGGGGAGAAAAGCCAAG